AUGACAUCUGCAGUGCAUUUAUUACGCGAUCGAGAACAAACGCGUAGACUACAUUAUCGCGCUAUGAGACAAAUUACAGACGUCUUAGAAAUAUGUCUCAACUCGACACGUUCGAAGGAAGAGUGGUCAUGUUUACGUCGUGACAAGCACGAGGAAUUAUAUGCCAAGCGCACGGAUCAAAUAACCUUUGGAUCCUCGGUUCAUUAUUUAGCUGUGAAUGAAGCUUUUUGUGGUUUUGAGGAAGCUUUCGACUUGCUUCAUUUCGACACGACGGCUCAAUUUCAAUUGAUGAUGAAACUCUUGCAUGGUCGAGAUUUUAAAGAUGGUACUUUGCUCUCCAUGCGCACUAAAGAACACUCGCUUGGUGACUGGACCAAUGACACACAGCACGCAGCAGUAUGGUUCAUCUAUCAGGACUAUAUCAGGUCCUUAUUGCUUGGUGAACAGCACCUAACGUUUUUCCAGACGCUCAAGAUGUUUCUACCUGACAAUCGGCAUCGCCACCACAAGCACGACAACCACAGCGCCGCUGCACCCAAGUCGAUGGGCUCCUCAUCAACGGCUGGACUGAAUGCGCGUCCGAAUGACGGAGUGCACAAGCGAACCAUUGCACUAAAUUGGUUGCCGUUUCCUCUCUCGCAAGAUGCGGCACUAGAAACAGCACAACAGAUUAAUUUGCAGUACACCUUGGUCGUGGAGGAGAUUUCUCAUAAUCGGCUGCGCCUUUCAUGCGUCACUAGCUCCUUUCAUGACAAAAACAAUGGCUCAUUCACUGGAUCGACUUGGGCAGCUCGAGCCAUUGCGCGGCGAAUGGCUUUGCAAUCGGUUGGAAAAUUGGAGGCGGCAGUGACAGCAUCUAGAAUCAGCAAUUGCCAAUUGUUUGCACCACAUCAGUGGGUCAAGAAUGAAGACCGUGCAUGUUGUGUCAUGUGCUGGAAACGCUUUAAUGCUCUCUUUCGGCGCCGACAUCACUGUCGUCUCUGCGGUGAAGUCAUUUGCGGCUCAUGCUGCUCACUGCGAAAAAUCAACGUUGUCAAUGUAAAGACACUGGGUCCUCAAAAGACUCGCAUUUGCCAUACCUGCAACAACAAAGCUCGACUUCAGCCCAGCACGCAAGUAUUUUCCAUCAACAACCACAGCAACAACCAUGAGAGCAGAAUUCCGGUCUCUUACCAACGAGUGUGGGAACCGCUUCCUUUGCUUGAAUCGGCGUCAGAUUCCGAUUUUUCUCUCUCCUCACGAUUGCUUCCGGCAAGUUUGAAAGUCGAUGUAAGUCAAGACUUUGUGCUGCCGCCACCGUCAGGAGAUCUCAUGCUAUCGCGAAAAACAACGAUGGAGAACAUCGAACCACCCGAGGUCGCAGAGGCUGACGAUGACGGCUAUAUUGGUGCACUACCGGAUCAAAUACCAGCUGCUGUCAGUUCCAAGAUCAUUUCCAUCAAGUCUAUUGCACGUAGCACCAAGAAUCUCUGGCAGGCGAUGCCAUCCACCUCGUUAAGUAUUAAGAAUAUCUGGUCGCACGAAGCCCCGAAGAGCGUUGACUCAACAUGUAGUGUAAGCUCCUCCGGUUGGGUCAGAUGCAGAAAUAAUAGUUGUGGGCAUAACUUGUCGAGUUCAUUUUUACACCCGGCAGCCAUGACUUCUAGGAUGCGAAUGAAGGUUCAGCCGAUCCGCAUUACAGCCGAGGAAAGUAGCUACAGCUCUGCUGAUCGCUCUUAUGUCUACUCGUCAUAUUACAUGGUUGACUUGAAGGAGCGUGAAGAGGGCAAAAGGAGGUUUGAUGACCGGCGAACGUCCUUGAUGAGCUCCAACAUUGGUCUACUUGACCGGGAUAUGAUCGCUGAUGAAAGCUACUUCUCGCCACAGCUAGAUGAAGAAUGCGAAGAACAGCGUCUGAAGCUGCUGGAAGUCAUUGUAUCACCCGCAUGUACGCUAAUUGAUCGCACUAUUAUGCAACGAAGCUGUGAGAUCGCUGUUGCUGUUGCCUUUGGUCUGACCGCUGCCUUCAUUGCACGGGUGGACGAAGAAUACGUGCUGAUUGAGCACACCAUCGGAACUUGUGAUCUAUCAGCUCAGGAUGAACUUUUGCGACGAGAGUCAUUGUGCGAUUUUGUCAUCUGUCAGCCUCAAUAUCAACCUGUGAUAGUGCUGAAUUGCCUUACUGAUCCACGGACACGAGACAUUCCUAUGGUGCAGCAUCUUCGUAUUGGUUUUUUCAUUGGUAUCAGCGUGUGUGUGCGGAAUCUUCCCAUCGCGUGCCUGUGUACAUUCAGACAAGAAGAUGGCACCCAAAGCCAAGAGAACGACGAAGCAAUGGGGGCAUCAUACUACGAUUUGGGUAAUCUAGAAAAUGCGGUGCAUCGCAUGGAGCAUGAGCUAGAAAGUCUUGUCCAUGGCUUGGAAUUUAGCUAA